AGAAUCAUAGUUGGAAUUGAAAUUUGGGUUUUUUGGGAAGAUCAGAAAUCUGCUAAAAGUUUGAAGCUUUGUUGGUAUUGUUAAUAUGGAUUUGAAUAGUAAGGAGAAAGUUGAAGAAGGGUCUAAAUUGGAAGGGGUAGGUACUGUUAGUAAUAACAAUAUGGAAUCGAAGAGUCUUCGAAGCAUUAGUAGCAAAGAUAUGAUAUUCAGGGCUGAUAAAAUUGAUCUGAAAAGCUUGGAUGUUCAAUUGGAAAAGCAUAUGAGUCGAGUUUGGUCGAACAAUUUAGAGAAACAAAAUCAGCAUAGGCCUAAGGAAGUAUGGGAGAUUGAUCCUUUAAAGUUGGAAAUUAAGUAUCUUGUAGCUAAGGGUACCUAUGGUACCGUUUAUCGCGGUACCUAUGACAAUCAAGAUGUUGCAGUGAAACUGUUGGACUGGGGAGAGGAUGGCAUGGCCACAGCUGCUGAAACUGCUUCUCUGCGGGCAUCAUUUCGGCAGGAGGUUGCUGUUUGGCACAAACUUGACAAUCCGAAUGUUACCAGAUUCGUUGGUGCUUCUAUGGGUACUUCAAAUCUUAAGAUUCCUUCGAAGAAUCCUUCUGAUGGUUACACUACCCUUCCUUCUCGAGCUUGUUGUGUUCUUGUGGAAUUUCUCCAUGGCGGAACAUUGAAAAACUACUUGUACAAAAACAGGAAGAAGAAGCUUGCCUUUAAGAUUGUCCAUCAGCUUGCUCUUGAUUUGGCCAGAGGGCUGAGCUAUUUGCACUCAAAAAAGAUUGUACAUCGUGAUGUGAAAGCUGAAAACAUGUUGUUAGACACUAGUAGAAAUUUAAAAAUUGCUGAUUUUGGAGUUGCUCGUGUUGAAGCACAAAAUCCCAAAGACAUGACCGGGGAAACUGGAACCCUUGGCUACAUGGCCCCAGAGGUACUUGAUGGCAAGCCCUACAACAGAAAAUGUGAUGUAUAUAGCUUUGGUAUUUGCUUAUGGGAAAUUUAUUGCUGUGAUCUCCCAUAUCUAGAUCUAAGCUUCGCUGAAGUCUCUUCUGCCGUUGUUAGACAGAAUUUGCGACCAAGUAUCCCAAAAUGUUGUCCAAGCUCUGUAUCAAAUAUCAUGAAGAAAUGCUGGGACGCAAAUCCAGACAAACGACCUGAAAUGGAUGAGGUAGUGAAAAUGUUGGAAGCCAUUGACACAAACAAAGGAGGAGGAAUGAUACCCGAAGACCAAGUUAUACAAGGCUGUUUUUGCAUUGUUCGUAGGAAACUCCGAUGUUUCUAAUCCACUGGCCCGACUAGCCG